GGGUCAGCGCUGUCCUCGCGGAACAACGACUCUAGUGGUUUCCACUAGAUAGUACAGCCACAAAGUCAAAAUCGGCUAUAUCGUACAAAGUCAUAAAAGCAAAAAUGUGCUUUUUUGUCCUCGCGGAACAACGAUUCUAGUGGUUUCCACUAUAUAGCACAGCCACAAAGUCAAAAUCGGCUAUAUGGUAAAAAGUAAUGAAAGCAAACAUUUGCUUUUUGGUCUUAAUGUAAGGUUAGGCAUAAGGCUAGCCGUGUGGUUAAGGUCAGGUUUAAAUCAAAUUUAAAUAAGAUGCAUUGUAGAUAUAGGCGGGGUUUAUGACUUUGUGUCUGUGGUAACUACUGACGACCGACUCGAGUGGAUCCAAUGAGAUCACGCCGCGUUCUGGGCCCUAUGGCGAGAACAAGCCGGUGAUAGCAGGGGGAAAAUAUCAAGAAACCUUUAUUAGUGUGGCUACGAAGAGGUUUCCAGUCAAUAGAUCAAGCCAACAGUAAGAAGCAUACACCUAAAUAAUACGAGAUAGACCGUUUUAGCUUUCUGCAAGUAAAGGCGUGCUCUUUCAUUUUGUUGAUAUUUUUGUUUAAGCCAGCCUGCUUCAAAAAACUGAACUGCUGCUGGCUGGAGUGGAGAAGGUAAGGUUCUGGUCUGUCAGGUCAGUCAUCAAGGUGCCUAGUUAGCUAGUUAAGUAAUUGUUUUUCCAUUAUAUUCUAUCUAAUUACUUGCAAAUGCGGUUGCUCAUUGGUCCAUUGAAGCAGUCGUAGCUACCCGUUAUUUGCUAACAUAGCCUCAUUUCAAAUGAAAUGGUUGAGGGAUUUUAAAGGUGUGUUCUAGCUAGCUGUGUUUCUAAAAAGCAUUAUUUGUAUUGUAACUAGCUAACGUUACCUAACUAGUAGACGGAACCCGUUUCCAGAACCCAAGACUGCUUUUUGUUUUUCAAUGAAUGGUCAAGGCAUCACCUGCGCUGGGCGUCCAUAUCAUUCAUACUGUACGCCAGUGCUCCAUGAUGGGGCUAGAAGUUUCUACGUUCGUGUAUUUGAAUAUGAACAACUGCAUGCUAUAUAGCCAUUAGUUUGCUGUUUGACACUUGAAAUAGACAUUAACUAGCCUAUAUAUCCUUCAUUUCGUAAAACGUGCCCUAGUCCGUAGUUAGAAAAAGUAUUGCCUCACGUUGUCAUCAUGCUUCCUGACUUACAUUUUAGUCAUUUAGCAGACGCUCUUAUCCAGAGCGACUUAGUUAGUGAGUGCAUACAUUUUCAUACUGGCCCCCCGUGAGAAUCGAACCCACAACCCUGGCGUUGCAAGCGCCAUGCUCUACCAACUGAGCUACACGGGACUUGCCAUCAGCACUUCAAUUAACAGUCACAGAACUAAUCUAUUCUCAGGCUAAUUAGAUGGAUUGCACGUUCAAGAUCAAAGGGCAUGAGUCAUGAAACAUCCAGUUACCUGAAUACCCCUGGACAGUGAAGGUGGCAUAUUGUCCCCACCUAGAGUUUGGAACUGUGACGUCUAAAGAACCCUUAUGAGGUGCUGAAGAGUAAUGGCAGAGCAUUAUCUAAAUAUUCAAGUGGACUUCCCACUUCUGCACUGGUAUGAAAAUAGUUUCAUAUAGGUGAAAUCAAUAUGGUGUAUGACCACCAGGCAUUUGCUUUCACCUCUCCUCCUGUUCGACAGUGCAGGUGAAGGAAUGGACACACAAGGACAGGAGGCAUCUUUGAGAUGACCGUGUUACCUUACUUACUGCUCUAGAGCAGUGGUUCCCAAACUGGGGUGGCAGGAAUUUUUUGGAACUCAAUCCGGCUUUCAAAUUGUAAUAGUAGAAGGCACAAGGUGCAAUUUUGAAAUUGUGUAGUGCAUCGGGAUGUUCCCCAAUUCUGGAAGGGGGGCCUGAGUGAAAAACUUUGGGAACCCCUGCUCUAGAGCAGCGUUUCCCAAAAUCAUUCCAAAUGGAUAUUUGAUCCCCGAAGAAGACUUUUAAAACAAAUGACAACAUUUGUAGCAAGUGGCUUUGUACAGGAUGCAAAAACAGUAUAGGAGAAUGUAUCUCAAAAUAAUGAACCAAUUAUUUCUUAAGCACACUUACCAUGUCACCAGGAAGGCUGCUGUUAGCAUUUGAAAAUCUAUGUUUUUGUUCUGUUUUGUGUGUACAGGUCACCAUGAGGAGGAAGCUGACAUUAUGGGCUCUCUUCUGCCUUGUCCUGGCACUGCUGCCUUCACAAACGGGUACUAACACUACACAUGGUUAUUCCAUCCAAGACACCUGCCCGCAUCAAGCACCGGCAGAUUCACCUAACACCAAAUUCAAAUUUCAACGUAAAUCUGAAUGCCUCCAUUUUGAGUGUGUGAAGAGAAUGGACACAUGCAGAGAAUAUAGUUAAUCACAUCACAAUAUGAUGCAUUGUCCAUAUUUGUACCUAUUUACACACAUUAAUUUACUGAUGCACGGGUGAACAUUGAUUUAAGUUCAAUGUCAACUGAUGCAAAGGACUUGUCAAAUGUUUUGAUAUUAAUCACUCACAUUGCCACCAUACCACUGUAGUCAGUGAGAAAUCGUUGAGGCUAAUCACCUUUAGUAUUGUCUCACUUAAAAUGUGUAAUCAUCAUUUUGUUAUUACAAAAGUACAGGUAAUGGAAUAAUCAUACCCAUUAUUCUGUCCAUAAAGCCUCUGUUGCAGUCAUGUCAGUUGACCUGGGCAGUGAGUGGAUGAAAGUAGCGAUAGUAAAACCUGGCGUGCCAAUGGAGAUUGCUCUAAACAAGUGAGUAUUGCCAUUUUCAUUGUCUCUAACCAUGACAUCACAAUGGGUUUAGGACUUUGUGCUUUUAGAUGGAAAUCCCUAUUCUGUUUCAUGUUUGUUUGAUAUGUGUUCAUAACUGUUAAUAUCCAUACUCAUCGCUAAUGUUUGAGUAAGCUAGCUGUUGUUCUUUAGUGUUUACAAUGUAUGUUAACAUGGAAAUACCUAAAUGGGCCUGUGCCAAGUGUGCUGAAUGGUGAAUGAAAAUUGGGUAACUGAACAUUUGUGGGAGAGAACUAAGGGUCAGGUCAUGAUAAAGAUGAUUUAAAAAAUGCAUUCUCAAAGCUUUAACAUGUUUCAAUAGUCUGUCUUUUCCUUCUUUGUGUGGCACAGGGAGUCCAGGAGGAAAACGCCAAUAGCUGUGUGUUUAAAAGAAAAUGAGAGACUUUUUGGAGACAGUGCAUUGGGAGUGGUAAGACACUUUGUCGUAGGUAACCUACCAGGUCACACAUUUUAAAAUGUCUGUAUCAUACAGUUAGUACUCUGUACUCCCCCAUGGGAAUCAAUAAAGUUAAUUAAUUCAUAUCUACACUGACAUGGAUUUUGAUUUUUUUCUCCCACAGUCUGUGAAGAACCCCAAAUUUGUCUAUAGGCAUCUUCAGAGCCUCCUUGGCAAGAAACAUGACAACCCACAGGUGGCGGUCUAUCAGAAACGCUUCCCCGAGCACCAUCUGGGGAAAGAUGAGAGUCGGGGCACAGUUCUCUUUAGCAACUCAGAGUAAGUCAUAUCUGAUUUCCUCUCAUUGGUUCCCUUUUCCUUUGUUUAGCAGUAGGUGAUUGAGCCAAGUGAUUCGUUGUUGAAGUACUGUUGAAGAGUACUAAUAAUACUGAAGUCUAUGGGCUAUUACCGAUGAGGGGCAAAAUGCUGACCCAUGAACUUAUUGGUUCAGUGUACGACGUUCCUUUGCAUACUGCCCAAAUGGAACAUUUUAAACAGCCUGUGACAAUGUCAUUGAUCCACUAUGUCCUAUGCUGUAGUUGUGGAUAAGAGUGAUUGGUUCUAAUGUCUGCUCUGUUUUCCUGCAGAGAAAUGCAGUACUCUCCAGAGGAGCUCCUGGGCAUGGUUUUGAACUAUUCACGUGGACUGGCUCAGGACUUUGCAGGUUUGUCUGUUCAAUAGUAGAAUGGGGGAAAGGUUGGCAUUUUUCAACAUUUUGUGUUAUACAAUUAUUUUGAUGUCCCCUUUACGGAAUGUAUUUUACUCUCGCUUACAGAGCAGCCCAUCAAAGAUGCAGUGAUCACCGUCCCGGCCUUUUUCAAUCAGGCAGAGCGCAGAGCAGUCCUGCAGGCCGCACAGAUGGCAGGUGUUAAAGUCCUUCAGCUCAUCAACGACAACACGGCGGUGGCGCUCAACUACGGCGUCUUCAGGAGAAAAGACAUCAACAGCACAGCUCAGGUGCACUAACUAGGCUGCUUUUACAUUUGUGUUUUUUAUUUAACUAGGUUGGUCAAUUGAGAAUCAACUAGUAAGUUGCUUUGUGUAACCCUAGUCUUAUAUUCCUCUUGCCUGUUGUCUCGCUCUACAGAACAUUAUGUUCUAUGACAUGGGUUCAGGCAGCACAACAGCAACCAUCGUCACGUACCAGACGGUCAAGACCAAAGAGUCGGGUACCCAGCCACAGCUCCAGAUACGAGGAGUGGGGUGAGACAAAAGGACCUGUAUACCCACAUUUACACACACACACACACACUGCAACACAGGAUGUUGGGGAAAGCACACACCUUGACCUCUGCACUGAUCAAUAUGAAAUAAAUACUGGUUUUGUUUUCAUUCCAUAUACAUUUUUUGUAAUUUAGCAGACGCUCUUAUCCAGAGCGAUUUACAGUUAGUGAGUGCAUACAUUUUUCAUACUGGCCCCCCGUGGGAAUCGAACCCACAACCCUGGCGUUGCAAGCGCCAUGCUCUACCAGCUGAGCUACAGGAGGCCCUAUAUACAGUGAGCUACAAAGGUAUUGGGUUAGUGACACAAUUUGUUGAUGUUUUGGCUCUGUACUCCAGCACUUUGGAUUUGAAACGAUAGAAUGACUGAGGUUAAAGUGCAGCCUGUCAGCUUUAAUUUGAGGGUAUUUUCAUCCAUAUCGGGUGAACUGAACUUUUUGUACAUAGUCCCCCCCAUUUUAGGGGACCGACGGUAUUGGUACAAAUUCAGUUACAGUGCCUUCGGAAAAUAUUCAGACCCCUUGACUUUUUCCUUACUUUACAGCCUUAUUCUAAAAUGUAUUCAAUAAAACAUUUUCCUCAUCAAUCUACACACAAUACCCCAUAAUCACAAAGUGAAAACAGGUUUUUAGAAAUGUACUUACUUACAUAAGUAUUCAGUCCCUUUGCUAUGAGACUUGAAAUUGAGCUCAGGUGCGUCCUGUUUCCAUUGAUCAUCCUUGAUGUUUCUACAACUUGAUUGGAGUACACCUGUGGUAAAUUCAAUUGAUUGGACAUGAUUUGGAAAGGCACACACCUGUCUAUAUAAGGUCCCACAGUUGACAUUGCAUGUCAGAGAAAAAACCAAGCCAUGAGGUCGAAGGAAAUGUCUGUAGAGCUCCGAGACAGGAUUGUGUUGAGGCACAGAUCUGGGAAAGGGUAGCAAAACAUUUCUGUAGCCUUGAAGGUCCCCAAGAACACACUGGCCUCCAUCAUUCUUAAAUAAUAGAAGUUUGGAACCACCAAGACUCUUCCUAGAGUUGGCUGCCUGGCCAAACUAAGCAAUCGGGGGAGAAGGGCCUUGGUCAGGGAGGUGACCAAAACCCAAUGGUCACUCUGACAGAGCUCCAGAGUUCCUCUGUGGAGAUGGAAGAACCUUUCAGAAGGACAACUAUCAGUGCAGCACUCCACUAAUCAGGCCUUUAUGGUAGAGUGGCCAGACGGAAGCCACUCCUCAGUAAAAGACACAUGACAGCCUGCUUGGAGUUUGCCAAAAGGCACCUAAAGACUCUUAGACCAUGAGAAACAAGAUUGAACUCUUUGGCCUGAAUGCCAAGCGUCACGUUUGGAGGAAAGCUGGCACCAUCCCUACGGUGAAGCAUGGUGGUGGCAGCGUCAUGCUGUGGGGAUGUUUUUCAGCAGCAGGGACUGGGAGACUAGUCAGGAUCGAGGGAAAGAUGAACGGCGCAAAAGUACAGAGAUCCUUGAUGAAAACCAGCUCAGGACCUCAGACUGGGGUGAAGGUUCACCUUCCAACAGGACCACAACCGUAAGCACACAGCCAAGACCACGCAAUAGUGGCUUCGGGACAUGUCUCUGAAUGUCCUUGAGCGGCCCAAGCUUAUGACUACAAAUUUGUUGGAUGCAUUUGCUGUUUAGGUUGUUUCAGAUUAUUUUGUGCCCAAUAGAAAUGAAUGGUAAAUAAUGUAUUGUCAUUUUAUUGUAAAUAUGUAUAGAAUGUUUCUAAACACUUCUACAUUCAUGUGGAUGAUACCAUGAUUACGGAUAAUCCUGACUGAGUCGUGAGAAAGUUACAAUUACAAAAAUAUUAUACCCCCCCAAAAUAUACGUAUAAGUGAAUUUGUCCCAAUACUUUUGGUCCCCUAAUAAUAUGGCGGGGGGGGACUAUGUACAAAUAGUGCAAUCAUCUCUAAACGGUUCACCCAAUAUGGAUGAAAAUACCCUCACAUUAAAGCUGACAGUCUGCAACUUAACCUCAGUCAUUGUAUCAUUUCAAAUCCAAAGUGCUGGAGUACAGAGCCAAAACAACACUGGGUCACUGUCCCAAUACUUAUGGUGGAGCUAUUACAAGCACAUUUCUCAAAAAUGUUCCUGACCUAACGGAUGUUUUCCAUCUCUGGCAAGGUUUGACCGCUCUCUGGGAGGCUUUGAGAUGGAGCUGCGGCUGCAGGACCACCUGGCCAAGCUGUUCAACAAGCAGAAGAAGACCAAGAAGGAUGUGAGGGAGAACCACCGUGCCAUGGCCAAGCUUCUCAAGGAGGCCCAAAGACUCAAGACUGUGCUGAGCGCUAACGCCGAAUUCAUGGCACAGGUAACGGGACCUUCGCUGACCCCUUUUAUUUAUUUUGUAUCUUUCACACCUGUCUUACAUCAUUCCCCUUACCUUUGCUGCAGUUGAGUAGUUGCCCGGCUACUCCUAUGUCACCCAUUGUGUUCUACUGUAGAUGAGUAACCUUGUAAAAUAAUUACACAGGUGAAGCCAUCACAUUGCUUCUUUAUCCUUCCAUUCCCUGUCACUUCCCGUCUUACACCGUUCUGCACAUUUAGAGAAAUAUGGUAUUUUUUGGUAACGUCUCUUAUGUAAUGGUGGUGUUCGGUGUCGGGUGUGUAGUAUUGUUAGACCUGAAAGUAAGCACCCAUUCAAUUGGGGAAACGUAUGUUUAUUGCUGCACUAACUCUAUGCUGCACUGUCAGUGUUACUGUCACCCAUAGUGUUCUACUGUAGAUGUGUAAUACUGUACAUGUAAACCAAAUAUACUCUCGCUUUGUUGUUCAGGUGGAAGGGCUGCUGGAUGACAUGGACUUCAAGGCCAAGGUGACCCGUGUGGAGUUUGAGGCCCUGUGUGCUGACCUGUUUGAGAGAGUGCCUGGCCCCGUACAGGAGGCCCUCAGCUCUGCAGAGAUUACCCUGGUGAGUCACCACAGCUUGUGUGUAUUCAUUAGGCACCAAAUGGACUGAAACAGGAAGGGAUUCCCUGGAUUUGUCCAAUAAGGAAAGUUCAUUUUCAAUUUCCGUUGCAAAACGUAAAACAUUUUCCAUUGUGUGCCCUAACGAACAUGACACUUGUUUCUCAAUUGAUCUUUUAGUUAAUCAAUCACUAACUUUAUUUUACAUCUUGGGGGAAACUUGCACAAACAACGACGCAGACAAAAGCAUCAAUUGACCCACAAAAAGACAAAGGAAAAUAGCAGUAUCAAAAAGAUCACACUGUAACUUCACAAGACCUGAUCUGUGGAAUGGCUAUGCUCCUUAGGAUAAAGUCUUCUCUUAACAUCCUAUCACAGUUGCGUAGUAGAAUCAAAAACUGAAGUAGAAUAGUUGAUGCCUGAGGUCUAUGGGAACGAAACGUUGCACUUUGAUGUAGGUUUGAUAUUAAAUAUCCUUUAUCGUGUUCAUGGCACAGUAUCUUAACCCAUAAGAGUCUAAGCCGGGGGAGAUGGAGUUCUACUAACUAAAUGAAAUUAUUUUAAGAAGGUCAUACCAAGGAUCAUUUUAAUUUUGAAUUUAAGACCCCUUGAAGUAUCAAAAAAACUAUAAAGAAACAAUAUUUGAUUAAGAAAAACAUGUUUUGGCCUUGCUGCUAUUAGACCAUACAAACACAUUGAAUAACAGAUUCAAUAAAUGGAACAACAGAUAGUCCCCCCCCCCCCAAAAAAAAAAAAAAAAAAAUCUAAAGGAGAGAGAUAAGACACAACAGGAAACACAAUUAUUUGGGGGACAUAUUUAACCCCUUAAUUUUGGCACUAAACCAUAUAUACUUCCAUUAAUUAAACUGGUACCGGGGGACCUUCAACUAGUCUUGUGAGGCCUGUGGGCGUCCUAGAGCAAAACAACCGACAUGUUCGUGAGAGUCUCACCUUUGCACAGAGGGUUGAUAUUAGUGUGUGUAGCCCAAACUGUUUAGACGCUACAGACAGAACUUCAGAUCGGCUGUAUCGACUUCAGACAAGUCCCAAGAUGCUUGUGGGGGUUGUAGAGCAAAACGUAGAGUCUCAUCUUUCCAUAGAGGGGUCAUAAUAUACUGAACAAAAAUAUAAACGCAACAAUUUUAAAGGGUUUACUGAGUUACAGUUCAUAUAAGGAAAUCAGUCAAUUGAAAUAAGUGUGUUAGGCCCUAAUCUAUGGAUUUCACAUGACUGGGAAUACAGAUAUGCAUCUGUUGGUCACAGAUACUGUAAAAAAAAGAAAAAGGGUAUGACUGGUUUUCUGAUCCAUGCCCUGGUGUGACCACCAUUCGCCUCAUGCAGUGCGACGCAUAUCCUUCGCGUAGAGUUGGUCAGGCUGUUGAUUGUGGCCUGUGGAAUAUUGUCCCACUCCUCUUCAAUGGCUGUGCGUAGUUACUGGAUAUUGGCGGGAACUGAAACAUGCUGUCGUACAAGUCGACGCAGAGCAUCCCAAACAUGCAGUCCAUGGAAGGACAGUAUGCAGGCCACUGAAGAACUAGGGAAUGUUCAGCUUCCAGGAAUUGUGUACAGAUCGUUGCGACAUGGGGCCGUGCAUUAUGCUGAAACAUGAGGUGAUGGCGGCGGAUGACUGGCACGACAAUGGGCCUCAGGAUCUCAUCACGGUAUCUGUGCAUUAAAAUUGCCAUCGAUAAAAUGCAAUUGUGUUCAUUGUCCGUAGAUUAUGCCUGCCCAUACCAUAACCCCACCACCACCAUCGGGCACUCUGCUCACAAUGUUGACAUCAGCAAACCGCUCGCCCACACAACGCCGUACACAUGGUCUGCGGUUGUGAGGCCGGUUGGACGUACUGCUAAAUUCUCUAAUUACAGACAGAAAUACUCCUCUGUUUCAUCUGCUAUCUGGGUGACUUGUCUCAGAUCCCGCAGGUAAAGAAGCCGGAUGUGGAGGUCCUGGGCUGGCAUGGGUACACGUGGUCGGCAGUUGUCAGGCAGGUUGGAUGUACUGCCAAAUUCUCUAAAAUGAACAUUCAAUUCUCUGGCAACAGCUCUGGUGGACAUUCCUGCAGUCAGCAUGCCAAUUGCAUGCUCCCUCAACUUGAGACAUCUGUGGCAUUGUGUUGUGUGACAAAACUGCACAUUUAUAUAGUGGCCUUUUUAUUGUUCCCAGCACAAGGUGCCCCUGUGUAAUGAUCAUGCUGUUUAAUCAGCUUCUUGAUAUGCCACACCUGUCAGUUGGAUGGAUUAUCUUGGCAAAGGAAAAAUACUCUUAACAAAUUUGUGCACAAAAUUGUGAGAAAUAAGCUUUUUGUGCAUAUGGAACAUUUCUGGGAUCUUUUAUUUCAGCUCAUGAAACAUGGGACCAACACUUUACGUGUUGCGUUUAUAAUUUUUGUUCAGUGUAGUUUGUAGGCCAACCCGUUCAGACGAUUUUGUGAGAAGACCGAUUUUUCAGGAUGUCUCAUGGUCUGACAAACACCGCUCUAGCUCUGUUACCUUUCACCGCAGAUGUGGAAGUGUGACAUAGGUGGAUGUGGUGGAUUGAGACCCAUCCAAAAACAUAUCUCUAGCUUAAACUGACAGAUUGUUAUGGGGAUUGUUGUAUUCUGCUAAUUACAUUUCUGCGAGGGCAUGGACAUCGACCUUAGGGGGUUAACUCUUGACAUGUUUCGGCAUGUCAAGCCUUCUGUUUGUUUAUUUGCAAAUACUGUAAGGAUAUCUUCCAACAUUGUCUUCCAACAGGACGAGAUCGAGCAGGUGAUCCUUGUGGGUGGCUCCACCCGAGUGCCUAAGGUGCAGGAAGUGCUGCUCAAAGCCGUUGGGAAGUAAGUAUGUCAACAGUUUCACUCAACACUGUCAAUACCUGGGGCUCUACACUACAGGAAAAACAAACAUGAGGGACAUGUAACUCACAAGUUGGCAAAGCUCCACCUGGGAUGAAAAGGCUUAAAAGGCUAUUCAGAUCCCAAAUCUAACUUUCAAGAAGAGUUCACGUUCUUAGGCGUACACCAUUUGUUGUGUAGAUCCAGCUAGAUAUGCCUUAAUUGCAAAUGAAUAUGAAAAUGUUUAUUUUCUUAUCUAUUUGGAGUUGAGGCCAAUGUUCCCUCAAAAAAAUGUCUCGCCACUGAGCAGAUUUCAGGUCUGCUGGCUGUAAACUUGAACGUUGUGAAAAGUCUGUGGAACUUUCGGCUGUACCCGUUUUAAGUUAGUUUUAACAGUGGCCAAGUAGGCUACUGUGGCUAUUUGAUCAUAAUGUAGUAGGCCUACCAGAGUGGCCUACCAUCAAAAACAAUUGCGAAAAUGCAUCCCAUAACAUUUAAACAUGGAAAUAGCUGUUCUAUCGUUCCGCCAGUAGCAGCCAAUGUGUGGUGUUCAAUGUAGGCCUACAUUCCAUGAGACUUUUGGAAAAAAAACAUGCAGGGCUUGACAUUAACCUGUUUAUGUAGUUGUCCUUCAGACAAGGAGGUGACUGAAAAAUGUUGUUGUGGUGUUUGAUAUAAGAAACCACUUUACAAAAUACAAUGUAUUAUUGUUCCCAUACCAUUAUUAUAGAGAAUCAGACAAAUUAUGCUACCAUCUGCCUAUUGCCUACGUAGCUUAUUCAAGCUUCUCUCAAAAUACAACUCUGCCCCUUUUAAGACAAAAAAAAGCUCUUUACCUGACUCGCUUCUCAAAGAUGUCUAGAAAUGUACACGUUUUAUGCUCUUGUAGGAACCAAUCACUCCCCCAUUGCUGACUAGAAAUUAGCUAUAACUGGGCUAAUAACUCACUAACUAGCAAAGGAUAUGAACAAAAUGUGCACACGUGGCUACAUGCAGCACUUGCAUUGAUCUCAAAACAAGCACAUCUACUCAUGUCCACAGCUGUAAACACAGUCCAGUUCAAAGUAAUGGCACAGAUCCAUAUAUGGCAAUGGUCGAUUUGCAUAUAGGCCUACUGCAGCUUUGAUUGGUUAUGCCGCACCGCUCUGUGUAGAGUACGGGCUGAGUAUGCGCAAUAGAAUCCUACUCCGACGCGUUCUGCUUACAGCAAAAAAAGGGAAACGUUGAUAGUGUUAACUAAGAGGGAAAACUCUAGAAAGUUGAGAGAAGUUCAAUCUCGUGCUCCUCUCCGUGGCCUGAUAUUUCUUCUGCGUGGCAGUCUCGGGCUGUCCGCAGCUUAGAGGGAACAUUGGUUGAGGCAUGUAGUUCGAUAUACAAACCAUUUGACUGCUUUUGAGGUCUGAAAAAGUCUCUGGCCAACCUUGUUCUUGGAGUGAAAUAUCACUUUGACCUGACUGACUGUGUGUGUAGAGAGGAGCUAGGGAAGAACAUCAACGCAGACGAGGCUGCAGCCAUGGGUGCCGUGUACCAGGCCGCUGCCCUCAGCAAGGCCUUCAAAGUCAAACCCUUCCUGGUCAGAGAGGCAGCUAUUUUCCCGAUCCAGGUAACACAUCCCACUCUUAACAUUGAAACCCACCCCUUUUUAAAAAACCACAUCCAAAAUGAAUGGAAAAGCUAAGCACCACAAAACUGGAUAUCAUAUGGUGCUCCAGGUGGAGUUCACAAGGGAGAUGGAGGAGGAGGAUGGCUCCAGGAGCCUGAAGCACAACAAGCGUAUCCUGUUCCAGAGGAUGGCCCCCUACCCCCAGCGCAAGGUAAUCACCUUCAACCGCUACACUGACGACUUUGCCUUCUACAUCAACUACGGAGAUCUCAGCUUCCUGGGCCAGGAAGACCUCAGGUGAGCACCUCUCCAAUAAAGUUGGGUUUAAUAGGUAGGAAUUUAGGGCCAGCUUCCUGGACACAGAUUAAGCCUAGGACUAAAAACCAUGCUCAAUGGGGAAUAUUUUUUUUUUUGCCCAAGACUUGAUUUAAUCUGUGUCCAGGAAAUCGGCCCAUAGAUUUACCCCACUCUGUGAGCCAAUGCGGUCAAACAGCAAGGUCUGAAAAUGUUUUAUGUAGACAGCCUGGAAAAUUAAGGAUAUACUAUAGCAGCAUUAGUUUGUCAGUGGCUAUAGUCCUAAUAGAAUUUGCCUAAGGGGACAAAUAAAGCAGAUUGAAUUGUAAUGGAAGUGACAAACAGCCCAAACUUACCUGUUAUGUUGCAUUAACAUUCAGUUAUCAUCAGAUGAGUUCACUUGGGGGGAGGGGGUCUGAUUUUUUUAUUUUAAUAUAUUUUUUGUCUGUCUUUUCUUUCUUCCACCAGUGUGUUUGGCUCUCUCAACCUGACCACAGUGCAGCUGUCUGGGGUGGGCAGCAGCUUCAAGAAGCACACAGAUGCUGAGUCCAAGGGCAUCAAGGCCCACUUCAACAUGGACGAGAGUGGCGUGCUCCUCCUGGACCGGGUCAGCACCAUAGAAUUACUUAUCGAAUGGGAAUUAUAUGCAUCAGUGCAACCCUCUAAUGCUUAUGGCACUCCUUUCUGGAAGUACAAAUAAACCUCAAAUACAAAACGCAUCAGGCAUUUUACAUUUUCAAGAUGGUUGCAAAAUACAUCAAAAUAAUAUUUUAUAUUUACAUUAAGGGUUUGAUGCAUUUUGUAAGUACAUGUAAAAAGUAAAUUUAACUAAAAAAAAAAAAAAAGGUAAAACCUAAAUUCCCAUCGUGUUUGUAUCUGAGGUUUUAAAUCUACCCACAUAAACCCAAUUGAAAUUGGCUUGGUUUGAAGUGAUUUUGAGUUGAUUUAGACACUAUUGAACUCCAUUGUUUUGGGGUAAUCGAUGUGGUGGUUUUAGCUAUGAUUUUAUUUGACCUAUCGCUUUAACUAAUAGUUGUUUUCUUCAGGUGGAGUCUGUCUUUGAGACCGUUGUGGAGGAGAAGGAAGAGGAGUCUACUCUGACAAGUGGGUUUUAUGCUAACAUCGUAAUCAAUUGACAUCUGAUCACCCCCUUUAGUCAUAAUCAUAGUAGAGGUGGGCGACUGCCAAAAAUCACCAUAGAUUGCCUGAAUUGAUGAGAGAACGAUAAGUUUAAAACAUUAAUGUGCACCGCUGUUUAAAAAAAAUGAUAUUUUAAAAUACUGCUACUAGUUUGAUUGUUGUAGCCAUCAAUUGUACCAUCAACAAUCACCCAUAUUAGCAAACUUAUUUAAUUUCAAGCUUCACAUUUCUCUAGUAUAGGCCACUUAUCGUAAUGAACGAUAUCAGCAAAAUGCCUGCGAUAAGUGGUUGGUGUCGAAAAUGUUCAGGUUAUUGUCUUAGAAUUAAGACAUGGAAGAGACUAUGAUUUAGAGCUUUCUCUUUUGACUUGUCAGAACUGGGUAAUACCAUUUCCAGCCUGUUUGGAGGGGCCACCUCGGAACCCAAUGCAAAUGUGACAGAAGCAGUUCAGGUAACCCUCUACUAAAUUACCAUCCUAAUGUAACAUGCUCCAGAGUUCCUCCUUAAAACUAGUUCAUGGCUGUCUAACUCUCUCUGCCUCUCCCCUAUUGUCUCUGUAUCCAGGAUGAAGAAGAGGUUCAUCCGGAGGCUGGGAAGGAGCAGGAGGAGCAGGGCCAGAAGGAGGAGGCUGCUCCCCAGGAAGAGAAGCAGGAGCCUGGGGAGAAACAGCAGGAGGAGGAGGCCCCAACCCAGGAGAACACUGAGGGAGUGGACAGCAAGGCUGACCCUCAGGUAAGAGCUUGGCUCAGUUGGAUUCCACAUAAAUGCCUGGGACGUAGCUGGGCCUAGUUCCACAUUGUGGAAUGUUCAGAUGGAAAUAUGUAGAACAAAAAUUCCUCUGGCAUGUAGAAUAAGGAAUCUGGACAGCUCUAUUCAUGACAUUUCUAUCUGCAACAUUCCACAAUAUUUGCCUUCUGAACAUGGCCCUGGUUUGUUUAGCGCAGACUUGGGGUGUAUUCAGUGCUGUUGUGUUUAAUGAACGUUCCAAAAUGUUAAGUGUUGAAUGGAACAUUUGGUUACAGAAUGUUGUCAGUAAAGCAGAUAUGAGUGGUGUGUGUGUAUACUAACCUCACAUUAAUUAGUUUUAGCUCAUUCUCUGUUUGAAUUGGACAUUAAAUAACUGUCAUUUCCAGGUCGCAGUUGUAAAUGAGAACUUGUUCUCAACUGGCUUACCUGGUUAAAUAAAGGUUAAAAAUAAACGAUGUAAAUGAGGCUCUCUUGAAUAAACAAGUUUCCAUGAACUAUUAAAAAAUGAUCUUUCUCCGAGCAGGAUGAAAAGGAGGGAGCCAAAUCCGGAGAAGAGGAGAAAACGACAGAGGAAGCAGCAGAGGAAGCGGCAAAGACUGAGGCAGAGGAGAAAGCCAAGCCUCAGAAGAAAACCAAGAUCUCUGAGGACGUCGCAGUGGAGCUCCAAGUGAACGACAUCCUUAACCCUAGCUUGGAAGCCAUCACCUCCUCAAACAAGAAGUAUGUCGCUCUAUCUUUCCUUCUGACAUUUUAGACGGGUUCAAAUGUGCAGGGUGGGGUAGCUGAAAUGAUUUUUCAAGCUAUAAUAAUGAUGAUAUUGAUGUAGCAUCGUGACUUGUCAAACACCUAGCGACUUCAGAGGUUUUGAAUCUCGGUGUAAUGGCUAAGUUGUUUGACAGACGCGUAGACCCAGGUUUGAAUCCCGGCAACCUCCAAAUUCGCUGCAAUAAUAAUGUUUUUGUUUUCUUCCUUUCAGGCUCCAAGACCUAACUGAUCGAGACCUGGAGAAACAGGAGAGGGAGAAGACCCUAAACAGUCUUGAGGCAUUCAUUUUUGAGACCCAGGUUAGAACAGCACCCUUACAGUACAACACCAGUAUAUUCUCUGUCUGGCUCUCUCGCUCUGGCUCUCUCUUUCUCUCACACAGGUUUAUAAAGCCUACCCCCCCCCCCCCCCCCCCUUAUUCUCUCCCCCUCCCCUUAUUAUCUCCCCCCUCCAUUAGGACAAGAUGUACCAGGAGGAGUACCAGGCGGUGGUGUCGGAGGAAGAGAAAGAAGCCAUCACAGCCAAGCUGAGUGAGGCGUCGGCCUGGAUGGACGAGGAUGGCUACACUGCGGCCACCAAGGAGUUGCGGGAGAAGCUGCAGGAGCUCCGGAAGCUGUGCAAGGCCAUGUUCUUCCGUGUGGAGGAGCGCAGGAAGUUGCCUGACCACCUGGCCGCCCUGGAGAGCAUGCUCAACCACUCCAGCUUCUUCCUCAGGUGGGUCACAGCAGCUCCCUUAGAGAUCUAGGAUCGGCUUCCCCAAUCAUAACCUUAACAAUUAGUGGUGACAAUGGAAAAACUGACCAAAGAUCUAUUAUUUAUUUACCCUUAUUUUUACCAGGUUAGUUGCCUGAGAACAUAUUCUCUUUUACAGCAUGACCUGGGGAAGAGUUACAGGGGGGAGGAGAGGGGAUGAAUGAGCCAAUUGGAAGCUGGGGAUGAUUAGGUGGCCAUAAUGGUAUGAGGGCCAGAUUGGGAAUUUGGGAUCUCCUUCCUUAGACCAGAGGGAAGAGUGCCCCCUACUGGCCCUCUAACACCACUUUCGGCAGCAUCUGGUUUCCCAUCCAGCGACCGACCAGGACUGACCCUGCUUAGCUUCAGAGUUUAACAAAUGCAUCCAUUUGACAUGGGUCUUCUGUGGUUUUUCCUUAAGGAGCGCCAAACUCAUACCAGAAGACGACCAAAUCUUCACUGACGUGGAGCUGAAGACAUUGGAAAAAGUCAUCAACGAGACCACUGUAUGUAGUUAUGUUUCGUAAACUCCUAUUUGUUUUAGUCAUCGCAUUUGUCAAUGAUAUUAUUUUGAUCUACCAUUAUUACCUCAGGAAUUUGGAAUUACACCAUUUUUAGAUGACAUUGUUCAAAACAAUCUAUAUGGAAGUGUUUCACUUUGAGUGCCCUCGUUGUCCAUCGUUUGUCGUCAAUGUGGACCAAAGAAAAAUCAUAACCUUUUAUCAUUUUUUGUUUUAUUUUAACCGCCAACACCUCACCCGCCUCUCCUCCACAGACGUGGAAGAACACCACAGUAGCUGAGCAGGAGAAACGUUCUCCCACGGAGCGGCCCUUGCUGCUGUCCAAAGACAUCGAGUCCAAGCUGUCUUUGCUGGACCGCGAGGUCAACUACUUGCUGAACAAGGCCAAGUUUGCCAAGCCCAAGGCCAAGCCCAAGGCCAAGAACAACAGUACCACCUCAGAGAGCAGCAGCAAGGCCAACAGCAGCAACACAGAGGAGAAAGUCAUACUUCCCAAGGAGGAGACCAAAGACGAAGGUGGGAGAGAGGGGGGAAAACCAACACAUUUCUGUUAUGGUACAUGUGCUUCAUAUAAAGGGGUCAUGUUCAGUAGGGCACACAGUAGCAAAACAUUUUAAAACUAAUUUAAGUGUAUGGACUGUUUAUUGGACAUAUCCAGGUAGUCCCUCCCUGUUUUAGUAAAUGUUCUUCCGUUUGUUACGUAAUGAAGGGGGUUCCUCAGCAAUGAUGAUCUGUAAUGAAUGUGUCAUUGGCAAAGGAAGUGCUUUUGCAGACUAGUUCACAUGACGUGUGAUAUCUUGUCAAUGAUCCCUUUUAGACAACAAUGUAAUCACAGUCCCCUCUUUUCAUUGGUGGCAUUUGUUUUCAUUCAACAGAAGGCACUGAGGAGGUGCAGCCAGAGGAACCUCCCAUCAAAGAGCCCACUGGACAUAACACUGACUCACCCAGCCAAUCACAGCCUACAGAUAAAACUGCAAGUGCAGGUACGUCUGUCAUAGCAAGAGCGUCUGCCAUGGCAACUACCUUUUUGCGUGUGCAAAUUGGUACCCAGUUGCCUUACAAUUUCUCGCUACAUAAGUGGGCAUCUGACGGAAAGGAAUAGAAUUGGGCAUUCCAUUCAAGGUGGAGCAACUGUCUGCAUCUAUGAAAAGGAAGUGCUUUGUUCAGUCUUUUCCUUUUGUCUUUAUUUUGGUUUUAUACCAAGUCAUAUUUGUAAUACUGUGCUGCUAUAUAUAUAUUUGAGUAUAAUAUUGUAUUCCUCCUCCCAAUUUUCAGAACCAACAGAGAAAAACCAGUCAGAAAACCACAUAGGGGAUGAGUUAUAACAGCUGGAACUGAAGAGAUCUCAUUUGUAUUUAUUGACAAUGUUUAAUUGUUCACGUUCCCACAAUUUAUUUAUUUAUAUAAAUAUAAAAAAAACUAUUUUGUUGCUUUGGUUUUGUUUUUCCAGCCUUUUUUAUUUUGAAAACCGGAAAGUCAUUGGAUCAGCUCAGACACCUUGAACUGUCUUAUUCCCUCCUCCCCCUCCUUUCUCACUUUCUGUUCAUCUUCAUCCCCCUUGGCCGCCAUACAUCUUUGGAGACCAAAGACAAAGGUGGGAGAGAGGGGGAAAAACGCAACACAUUUCUGGCCAUGUCUAGACUUGACAGUUCAUGCAUCUUUAGUAUUCUGAUCAUAGAGUUCUGAUCAUGGAAUUCCGAACGCGUCAUACGUCUACACAUACAUUUUAAAUGUGUCCACAGUGUGUCCGGAUUCCCUGUUUCCGCAUUAUAUUCAAAUGCCAGUAUGCAUUCUACAAACGGUGGAAUAGGCUAAAUAUGAUAACACAACAACUGAUGGCAGUACCUAACUACUAUAGCUAACUAGCCAGCAAGCUACCAAGCCACGCUAAAAGGAUUUCAAAACGGGUUAGCAUAACUCUAGCUAAACAAAAAAUAGUUGUUCUAAAUAUUAGCUAGCUGGCUAGCAUUUGAGGCCAGCGAAGAAGUUCUUCACACGCUAGGAACUUAUUUCCUUCGUUAUAAUGAAAAGUGCCCCUCGGUCCCAAAACAAGUUUUCUGGAGACUUGUGGGAGGAGUGCUGAUGACGUCGCCCACUAUAUGUGCUUUAGGUAGGUAGCCUGAUUUGAGUCCAGACUGAGGAGAAAUCCGCAAACGAUGCAAAUCUGACCACCACCUGAAGUGGUCAGCCAGAUCUGAACACAAUCAGACCACAAAGCGACUUUUGUGCAUCUAAACCCAACUUUUCAAUGUGAUCUUCGUAUACUGAUAAAGUCGCAUGUAAGUGUAGAAACGCCAAAGUUAUGGUACAUGUGAUAUAUAUAUAUUUUCACUCACUCACUACCAGUCAAAAGUUUUAGAACACCUACUCAUUCAAGGGUUUUUCUUUUAUUUUGACUUUUCUACAUUGUAGAAUAAUAGUGAAGAUAUAAACUAUUAAAUAACACAUAUGGAAUCACGUAGUAACCAAAAAUGUGUUAAACAUAAAAAAUAUUUUGAUUUAUUUGAGAUUCUUCAAAUAGCUACCCUUUGCCUUGAUGACAGCUUUGCACACUCUUGGCAUUCUCUUAACCAGCUUCACCUGGAAUUAUUUUCCAACGGUCUUGAAGGAGUUCCCACAUAUGCUGAGCACUAGUUGGCUGCUUUUACUUCACUCUGCGGUCCGACUCAUCCCAAACCAUCUCAAUUGGGUUGAGGUCGGGGGAUUGUGGAGGCCAGGUCAUCUGAUGCAGCACUCCAUCACACUCCUUCUUGGUAAAAUAGCCCUUACACAGCCUGGAGUUGUGUUGGAUCAUUGUCCUGUUGAAAAACAAAUGAUAGUCCCAUUAAGCCCAAACCAGAUGGGAUGGCGUAUCGCUGAAGAAUGCUGUGGUAGCCAUGCUGGUUAAGUGUGCCUUGAAUUCUAAAUAAAUCACAGACCGUGUCACCAACAAAGCACCCCCACACCAUAACACCACCUCCAUGCUUCACGGUGGGAACCACACAUGCGGAGAUCAUCCGUUCACCUACUCUGCGUCUUACAAAGACGCAGCGGUUGGAACCAAAAAUCUCAAAUUUGGACUCUAGACCAAAGGACACAUUUCCACUGGUCUAAUGUAUGAAAAUGUAUGCACUCACUAACUGUAAGUCGCUCUGGAUAAGAGCGUCUGAUAAAUCACUUAAAUGUAAUGUCCAUUGCUCGUGUUUCUUGGCCCAAGCAAAGUCUCUUCUUCUUAUCGGUGUCCUUUUGUAGUGGUUUCUUUGCAGCAAUUCGACCAUGAAGGCCUGAUUCACACAGUCUCCUCUGAACAGUUGAUGUUGAGAUGUGUCUGUUACUUGAACUCUGUGAAGCAUUUAUUUGGGCUGCAAUUUCUGAGGCUGAUAACUCUAAUUAACUUAUCCUCUGCAGCAGAGGUAACUCUGGGUCUUCCUUUCCUGUGGGGGUCCUCAUGAGAGCCAGUUUCAUCAUAGUGCUUUAUGGUUUUUGCGACUGCACUUGAAGAAAUGUUCAAAGUUCUUAAUUUUCCAGAUUGACUGACCUUCAUGUCUUAAAGUAAUGAUGGACUGUCGUUUCUCUUUGCUUAUUUGAGCUGUUCUUGCCAUAAUAUGGACUCUGCCACUCAAGGACAUUCAGAGACUUGUCCCGAAGCCACUCCUGUGUUGUCUUGGCUGUGUGCUUAGGGUCGUUGUCCUGUUGGAAGAUGAACCUUCACCCCAGUCUGAGGUCCUGAGCACUCUGGAGCAGGUCUUCAUCAAGGAUCUUUCUGUACUUUACUCCGUUCAUAUUUCCCUCUAUCCUGACUAGUCUCCCAUCCCUGCUUCUGAAAAACAUCCCCACAGCAUGAUGCUGCCACCCAUGCUUCACCGUAGGGAUGGUGCCAGGUUUCCUCCAGAUGUGAUGCUUGGCAUUCAGGCCAAAGAGUUCAGUCUUGGUUUUAUCAGACCAGAGAAUCUUGUUUCUCAUGGUCAGAGUCCUUUUUAGGUGCCUUUUGGCAAACUCCAAGCGGGCUGUCGUGUGCCUUUUUACUGAGGAGUGAUUUCCGUCUGCACCUGAGCUCAAUUUUGAGUCUCAUAGCAAAGGGUCUGAAUACUUAUGUUAAUAAGGUAUUUCUGUUUGUUAUUUGUAAUACAUUUGCAAAAAUGUCUAAACCUGUUUUCGCUUUGUCAUUAUGGGGUAUUGUGUGUAGAUCGAUGGGGAAAAUAAUUUAAUUCAUUGUAAGGGAAGUCUAAUGUGGAUAUAGGGAAGAGGUCUGAAUACUUUCCGUGUGUGUGUGUGUGGUCAUGUUCAAUAAGGCACACCGUAGCAAAAUGUUAUGGAGCGUUUUAUUGGACAAAUCCAGGUAGUCCCGCCCUGUUUGUAAAAGUUAUUCCGUUUGGUACGUAAUGAAGGGGGUUCCUCAGCAAUGAUGUUCGUCUGUAAUGAAUGUGUAAUUUGCAAAGGAAGUGUUUUUGCAGACUUGUUCACAUGACGUGUGAUGAUUUUGUCAAUAAUCCCUUUUAGACACACAUUUUUAUCAUCAAUCACAGUCCCCUCUUUUCAUUGGUGGCAUUUGUUUUCAUUCAACAGAAGGCACUGAGGAGGUGCAGCCAGAGGAACCUCCCAUCAAAGAGCCCACUGGACAUAACACUGACUCACCCAGCCAAUCACAGCCUACAGAUAAAACUGCAAGUGCAGGUACGUCUGUCAUAGCAAGAGCGUCUGCCAUGGCAACUACCUUUUUGCGUGUGCAAAUUGGUACCCAGUUGCCUUACAAUUUAUCGCUACAUAAGUGGGCAUCUGACGGAAAGGAAUAUAAUUGGGCAUUCCAUUCAAGGUGGAGCAACUGUCUGCAUCUAUGAAAAGGAAGUGCUUUGUUCAGUCUUUUCCUUUUGUCUUUAAUUUGGUUUUAUACCAAGUCAUAUGUAAUACUGUGCUGCUAUAUAUACAGUGAGGGGAAAAAAGCAUUUGAUCCCCUGCUGAUUUUGUACUUUUGCCCACUGACAAAGACAUGAUCAGUCUAUAAUUUUAAUGUUCCGUUUAUUUGAACAGUGAGAGACAGAAUAACAACAAAAAAAUCCAGAAAAACGCAUGUAAAAAAAAUUAUUAUAAAUUGAUUUGCAUUUUAACUCUUCCGAGUCGGCGAACGCUUCGGCGCGUUCAAAUCGCGGGCCGGCUUUAGGACCGCGCAGCAUCCAAACCAAGUGACGCAGAGGGCUGCCGUCGAUUUCAUGCAGAAAUGGAGACCCGAAGCUACGUUUUGAGUGUUUGUUUCAUGUAAAUACACCAACUAAAACCAAAGUUAUGAUAAUUUCAAUUCCAUGAAAAAAGUGCGUCAAAAUAUGCGCUCUUUUAUGAGCGCUUUGCAUUUAUUAUAAUAACUUUGUCGUCUUUUGUGAUAAAAAGGAACGGAAAAAAAACGUGUGCUUGUGCUAACCCGGUUCUUCAGGAUGCACACGAGUAUAUAAACAUUCAUUCCCAUGACAACUAGCCAUUGCGAAAGAACGAACGAGAGGAAUUAGUUCAGUUCAUGAGUAGUUUUGGAGAGUUUUUUCACGAGUUAGUAUUUCAAUUGUUAGUAUUUCAAGAGUUUUAUUGUCAGCAGUAUCGUUUUUGUGAAGCAAUAUGAGGCGCACACUUCACGUUGAACAAGCCGUCGACUUGUUAUUCCAAAUGAGCGAUGAAGAAACUUUGGAAAGUUCGUCGUCAGACAAUGAGAGUGGCCAGGAUGACUUCGAGGACCCUGAUUUUGUUGCUGAAAACGUGAGGUAAGAAGACAAACAUUUUUCUAAAAUGAAUUUGUUUUAUUGCUUUCGUUUAUCUUACUAUAGUAUUCUAUUCUACUUCACUGUAGUGCAAAUGCCAAUGAACAUCUUGAACUUUGAAUAAUCUUGAAUCCGUUUACCUGUUUUGUAUAGUGACGACGACGACGACGAGCAGCCUGGGCCAUCAACAGCCCCCACCCCCACAACAAGCCGACGGAGGCCAUCACAGAGGGGGCGUGGAAGGAAGGAUCAGGCCAAGACCAGGUCAAGAUCUCCAGCCCAGUCAGCAGCACAGCCAGAACAGAGCUCUGAGCCAUGGAAAACAGAGACUGAUCCUGACACUGCCCCACAAGCCAGUAGGUUCAUGCCCCGCAGACCACCAGGAGCCCAGGUGGAUUUGCAUUCAGGGCACACACCAAAGGACCUCUUCCUGCUCUACUUCGCCGCAGAUACAAUGAGGACAAUCUGCAGAAACACCAACAAACAGGCAGCAAGAAAUCAGCAGAAGGGGAGCAAAUAUCAGUGGACUGACGUUGAUGUGGAGGAACUGCACAGAUUUCUGGGUCUCCUCAUCUACACCUCAUUGGUGACUCUGCCUAGUAUCCAGGACUACUGGAAACAAAGCCACAUAUUGUCUGUUUCAUUGCCAGCGAAGGUCAUGCCAAGAGACAUAUUCCGGUCCAUCUCAUGGAACAUCCACCUAAGUGAUCCAGAGGAGGAUGUCAUAAAUGACCAGCGCAAAGGUACACCCCAGCAUGACAAACUGUUCAGGGUCAAACCUCUGAUGGACGACAUUCGCACUGCCUGCCAGGCUCAUUACCAUCCUAAGAAGGAACUGUCAGUCGACGAGAGGAUGGUGGCUACAAAAGCCAAAACUGGCAUGACCCAGUACAUGAAGGACAAGCCUAACAAAUGGGGGAUCAAGCUCUUUGUGUUGGCAGAGUCUAACAAUGGCUACACUCUAAACUUCAACGUGUAUGUUGGGAAAGCACACACACCCAGCGUGCAUGGACUUUCAUAUGAUGCUGUUAUGGACCUCAUUCAGCCAUCACAUCUUGGUACAGGAUACCAUAUUUAUAUGGACAAUUUCUACACCAGCCCAAAACUGUUCCUGAGUUUGGGAAGUAUGAAGUUUGGAGCCUGUGGGACCUACAGAAGCAACAGAAAAGGGUGUCCUAGUGGCAGAGAAAAUGCCCUCACCAGCAAAUCGAAGAGGGGGUCUGUGAGAUGGAUCAGAGAGGAUCGCCUGGUCUUUGUGAAGUGGAUGGAUACGCGGGAGGUGUCGGUGUGCUCCACAAUCCACCCAGCGUUUUCGGGCGAGACAAUCAAGAGGAAGGUGAAGGAAGGACCUGGACGCUGGGUAGCAAAAGACAUUCCCUGCCCUACCCCCAUCAUGGCCUACAAUAAGUACAUGGGAGGGGUUGACCUGUCAGACCAGCUUCUCCAGUAUUACUCAACCCAUCGCAGAACUGCUCGCUGGUACCGUACCCUCUUCCUGCAUUUUUUGGACAUGGGAACAACAAAUGCAUACAUCCUGCACUGUGACAUCAGUGCGACCCAACAGGUCACACCCAUGACGCACAAGAACUUUGUGGCAGAACUUGUGGCCCAGCUGUGCGGAGUGACCCAGACAGGGGUUCCACUUCAAAAAAGCACCAGCCAUGUUCCUGUGGCCAUUGCCAAUGUUGCAGAGGCCAAAGACAAAGCCACAGCAGGCCGCAGGGUUUGUCAACGCUGUAAACAAGUUGACAAGAAGAGGUUUGUCACACCAUGGAAGUGCAAGGCCUGUGAUGUGGCUCUCUGUGUCAUUGUGGACAGGAACUGUUUUGAAGAGUGGCACAAAUAGGGUAAAGGCCAGUGGCUAUACCUACUUUUUUUGUAAAUAGUUGUGUAUUGCUUGUAUAUAUCUCAAGAAUACUUUUAUAUGUUCAUAUUUGCACUUUGUGGUUCAAUUUGAAGCUUUUUUUUUCAUUUUGGACAGAAAACUGUUUUGAGGAGUGGCACAAAAAGGUUUAGGGUUAGAAUAGAAGAAAAACGCCAGUGGUUAUACCUACUUUUUAUUGUAAAUAGUUAUUUUAUUGCUUGUAUAUAUCACCAAAAUACUUUUAUAUGUUCAUAUUUGCACUUGUGGUUCAAUUUGAAGCUUUUUAAAUGCUUGGUUCACCAUGUUUGAGGGUUUUACAAUAAAAAAACCAUCUUUUUUCUAAACGGACUUUGUGUUUUCUGUGUGUGUUUGGGUCCAGUGUGUUGAAAUAGUAUGUCAAAGUGAAAAACUUACUAACAGAUCAUAUAGGUGAGGUUGUGCUGAAAAAAAAGAUACCCAACAUUGGUCUGGUAAACAUUUCUUUAUGUAGUAUAUCAGGGCAAAAUUGAAGGUACCCAAAAACGGCCAAAAAAGCUCCAGACUCCGAAGAGUUAAUGAGGGAAAUAAGUAUUUGACCCCUCUGCAAAACAUGACUUAGUACUUUGUGGCAAAACCCUUGUAGGCAAUCACAGAGGUCAGACGUUUCUUGUAGUUGGCCACCUGGUUUGCACACAUCUCAGGAGGGAUUUUGCCCCACUCCUCUUUGCAGAUCUUCUCCAAGUCAUUAAGGUUUCGAGGCUGACGUUUGGCAACUCGAACCUUCAGCUCCCUCCACAUAUUUUCUAUGGGAUUAAGGUCUGGAGACUGGCUAGGCCACUCCAGGACCUUAAUGUGCUUCUUCUUGAGCCACUCCUUUGUUGACUUGGCCGUGUGUUUUGGGUCAUUGUCAUGCUGAAAUACCCAUCCACGACCCAUUUUCAAUGCCCUGGCUGAGGGAAGGAGGUUCUCACCCAAGAUUUGACGGUACAUGGCCCCGUCCAUCGUCCCUUUGACGCGGUGAAGUUGUCCUGUCCCCUUAGCAGAAAAACACCCCCAAAGCAUAAUGUUUCCACCUCCAUGUUUGACGGUGGGGAUGGUGUUCUUGGGGUCAUAGGCAGCAUUCCUCCUCCUCCAAACACGGCGAAUUGAGUUGAUGCCAAAGAGAUCGAUUUUGGUCUCAUCUGACCACAACACUUUCACCCAGUUCUCCUCUGAAUCAUUCAGAUGUUCAUUGGCAAACCUCAGACGGGCCUGUAUAUGUGCUUUCUUGAGCAGGGGGACCUUGCGGGCGCUGCAGGAUUUCAGUCCUUCACGGCGUAGUGUGUUACCAAUUGUUUUCUUGGUGACUAUGGUCCCAGCUGCCUUGAGAUCAUUGACAAGAUCCUCCCGUGUAGUUCUGGGCUGAUUCCUCACCGUUCUCAUGAUCAUUGCAACUCCACGAGGUGAGAUCUUAAAUGGAGCCCCAGGCCGAGGGAGAUUGACAGUUAUUUUGUGUUUCUUCCAUUUGCGAAUAAUCGCACCAACUGUUGUCACCUUCUCACCAAGCUGCUUGGCGAUGGUCUUGUAGCCCAUUCCAGCCUUGUGUAGGUCUACAAUCUUGUCCCUGACAUCCUUGGAGAGCUCUUUGGUCUUGGCCAUGGUGGAGAGUUUGGAAUCUGAUUGAUUGAUUGCUUCUGUGGACAGGUGUCUUUUUAUACAGGUAACAAGCUGAGAUUAGGAGCACUCCCUUUAAGAGUGGGCUCCUAAUCUCAGCUCGUUACCUGUAUAAAAGACACCUGGGAGCCAGAAAUCUUUCUGAUUGAGAGGGGGUCAAAUACUUAUUUCCCUCAUUAAAGUGCAAAUCAAUUUAUAACAUUUUUGACAUGCGUUUCUCUGGAUUUUUUUGUUAUUUUGUCGCUCACUGUUCAAAUAAACCUACCAUUAAAAUUAUAGACUGAUCAUUUCUUUGUCAGUGGGCAAACGUACAAAAUCAGCAGGGGAUCAAAUACUUUUUUCCCUCACUGUAUUUGAGUAUAAUAUUGUAUUCCUCCUCCCAAUUUUCAGAACCAACAGAGAAAAACCAGUCAGAAAACCACAUAGGGGAUGAGUUAUAACAGCUGGAACUGAAGAGAUCUCAUUUGUAUUUAUUGACAAUGUUUAACCGGAAAGUCAUUGGAUCAGCUCAGACACCCUGAACUAUCUUAUUCCCCCUCUCACUUUCUGUUCAUCUUCAUCCUUCUCGGCCGCCAAACAUCUUUCCCCCUCUUACUUUUACAUGGUGAGCAAGGAGCACUUACGAAGCCUGGAAUAUCCAUCGAAUGAACUGACCACAAGACUUCAAGUUUGUAUUCUACUAUCGUGCCCUAAAGGUUUAGGUAUACUUUCCUACAUGUAAACAACUUUAUUUUGACAACUGUAUGAUUGCCCUGCAUAGAACAGAACAAGUACCUGAUACAAAAUGUUUAGUUUUGGUAGGACUAAUUAUAACAGGACUCAAUGUUUCCACCACAGCACCACUGUCAAAAAUUGCAUCGUUCAUGGCAUUCUGUGAUCAGUAAGGGUUGUUGUGAUUUGUCCUCUCAAGCACAGUUAUCCUCAUCUCUUCUGUUUUCUCUACGCAAAUCUUGCUUUCAUUCAUUUUUUUGUGUGUGUGUGUGUGUGUGUGUGUGUGUGUGUGUGUGUGUGGAAAGAUAUCGAAGGGGCUGGAGCUAAUGGAUGCUCCUCUUGGGAAAUGGAAUGGGUUUUAGUUGUCUUUGAAUAUUGAAUUCCUCGGUUUAAUGCCUUGUAUUGUGGCUGAUUUAAAAUGCAUAAACAAUCCGUGAUGUGUGUAUACAAUAUG